CCGGCCCACUGCUCUGCGUCCCGGAAGGGCCUGCUUUUACCUCUUCUCCCCAGAGAGUACGGCCAGGGCCAGAGAGCUGGGAGGAGAAGUCGCUUUGCUGGAGGAUGGCAGUGACAGUGACGGAUGGCGCCGCCGCGGUCAGGGCUGGCAGCCCCGCAGGAUGAGGAGGGAGCCUGCGGCAGCGGAGGAAGAGCCGAGCAGGAGGGGCCCUGUGCGUGCAAGCUGUAGAGUUUACAUUCAAGAGGAAAUAAUCCGGAGAAAAAAGAACAAGCAGAUCAAGAUGUGUAGCUCUGGGGCUGCCAAGUUGUGGUUUUUGACAGAUCGUCGCAUCAGGGAAGAUUACCCACAAAAAGAGAUCUUAAGGGCUUUGAAGGCCAAGUGUUGCGAGGAGGAGCUGGACUUUAGGGCUGUGGUGAUGGAUGAGGUGGUGCUGACAGUUGAACAAGGAAACCUGGGUCUGCGGAUCAAUGGUGAACUCAUCUCUGCCUACCCCCAAGUGGUCGUUGUGAGAGUCCCCACCCCUUGGGUGCAGAGUGAUAGUGACAUCACUGUUUUGCGUCAUCUGGAGAAAAUGGGCUGCCGAUUGAUGAAUAGACCUCAAGCCAUCCUGAAUUGUGUAAAUAAAUUCUGGACAUUUCAAGAGUUAGCUGGCCAUGGUGUUCCUCUGCCAGAUACUUUCUCUUAUGGUGGCCAUGAAAAUUUUGCUAAAAUGAUUGAUGAAGCGGAAGUACUGGAGUUCCCAAUGGUAGUGAAGAAUACACGGGGUCAUAGAGGCAAAGCUGUUUUCUUGGCACGAGACAAGCACCAUUUGGCUGAUCUAAGCCAUCUUAUUCGCCAUGAAGCUCCAUACCUGUUUCAGAAGUAUGUGAAGGAGUCUCACGGACGGGAUGUGCGUGUCAUUGUUGUGGGAGGCCGUGUUGUCGGCACUAUGCUACGUUGUUCCACAGAUGGGAGGAUGCAGAGCAACUGCUCACUAGGUGGUGUGGGGGUGAUGUGCUCACUAAGUGAACAAGGGAAGCAGCUAGCUAUCCAGGUGUCCAAUAUCCUGGGAAUGGAUGUGUGUGGCAUUGACCUGUUGAUGAAAGAUGACGGCUCCUUCUGUGUCUGCGAGGCCAAUGCAAAUGUAGGUUUCAUAGCCUUUGAUAAGGCUUGUAAUCUAGACGUAGCUGGUAUCAUAGCGGACUAUGCCGCCUCCCUUCUGCCCUCUGGCCGGCUCACCCGGCGUAUGUCCCUGCUCUCCGUGGUGUCCACGGCCAGUGAGACUAGUGAGCCGGAGCUGGGUCCCCCCGCCAGCACUGCUGUCGACAACAUGAGCGCAAGUUCCAGCUCUGUCGACAGCGACCCUGAAAGCACGGAGCGAGAGCUGCUCACCAAGCUCCCAGGGGGCCUGUUCAACAUGAACCAGCUGCUAGCCAAUGAGAUCAAACUCCUGGUGGAGUGACUCCGCCAGUCAGUAAUUAACCAACAAAACCCUUGUAAAAUUUUCUUUUCAGUUCUUUUUUUUUCCUUUUUUAACCAGCUUGCAAUGCUGUUCAUGGAAGAUGCUUAGGAGGAUGAGAGAAAAAUUGGUAGACUUAGAAAAAGGGAGAAUAAAUGUUAUUCUGCUAGUAACGUACUGACUUUCAUUAUGGAGGCUACAGAGAUGUAGAAGCAGUGAUAAAAUAGUCAGGCUGUCAUAUUAACUGAAAUACUACAAAAUUUGUAUGCUCUUGGGCCAUGCCAUGAGGAACGUGAACAUUUUCUUCAUGUUCACUUGCUUUUGUUUUUAUAUGAAAAAAUGUUAAGGUACAGAUACCUGAUGGCAUAACCUUACAUUGUAUUGUGAGAUCUAUAAAAAGUGGGGAAAAUGUCUACCUAAGUUACAGAAAUUUUUCUAGACAUCUGAAAAUUCUGACAUUUCACUGUUAGCUAGUAGUUCAUAGUUUAGGAAAUCUCAAAGGGCUCUUCUUGGUUGGGAUUUCUCAACUUUGUGUUUUGUCUUUGUUUUUUCUCUUAAUUUGGGUGGGAGGGAAGAGUGAAUAUAACCCAAUAAAGGCUUUUUAAUGACAAUUGGCAUGUUUGCAUGAUGAAAGGAAAUGAACAGUAUUGCAAUGUCUGGUAUACAAAAUAACAUUUACUCAAUGUAGAUAAAGUUACUCUAGUUUAAAAUAUGUGCAUUGACUUGUGUGUGUUAGUGCUUUAGUCUUUUUUGAAAGAUAUAUGCUCUGUUAAUGUUGCUUUUUUUUUUAAUUCAUGCUAGUCUAACUUCCCCUGCUCUAUGCCUGCAUCUUUAACAAUGGCCAAAGUGAGAAAAAUGAGACCUUUUUGUCAACAAGACACUGACUUGAAACAUGUACAUUUAAAGCCUUUUCUUUUUUCUUUCGGUGGUUGGACAUUUAAAGAAUAAGGACAAGGAGCGCAAGGUCCCAAGUUCAAUCCCCGGUAUUAAAAAAAAAAAUAAUAAGGACAAGGAAAAAUAUUUUUAGGGGGCAGGCCAAGGGCCUAUAAGUUCUGAAGUACAAAAUUGAAGUUGUUUCUGAUGCCAGCAUUAUGUAUUUGCAUUUUUCACAUCUUACAAGGGAGUGUGUGUGUGUGUGUGUGUGUGUGUGUGCACGCAUGCAUGUGUAUGUGGUUUGCUUUUUGUUUAUACUAGCCAAACAAAACGAGAUUCUAGAGAAUAGAGCAUGACAGGAAAGUUUUUUUUAUUUUAAAAAAACCGAUGAGUUGUUUUCAUGACUUACACUUCCCUGGGGUAGGAAUACUUACUGACCUGAAGACGUAGGAGAAUAGAUGUUUCUUUGUGUAUAUGUAUGUUGUUCGAUUUUUUUGUUUUUCAACUGUUCCAUGUAUGAUUUAUUCAAGGCCAUAUGCUUUCCUUCAGUGCUUAUGGCUAUGCAUUCUCUUUUUGCACAGGAUUUUGGGGGUGGUGGCCUUGUUUUUGGUUUGGGAAUUUAGCAGUAUUGAGUCUCAUACAGCCCUACUUUUACACCUUCAAUACUGACCACUCUUUAUACUCCCUUUAUUUUCUGGAUUUAUACAAGCCCCAAACUGCAUAUGAGCCUUUAAAAUAUGGACAAUAACUAUCCCAAUGAUGGGUUUGGAGGGUACGUUAAGAAAUGGAGAUGCUACAGAGCUCAACUUAAUUUUUUAAACAGCAAGUUCUGUCUCCCUACAAAUCCUCUGAAGCUUUUACCCAAGCCCUUUCUUGCCUCUCCAGUGAUAUUUUCCUUCAGAUGGACCUUAACAUAAUUUCUUGGACACUGCUAUGUAGAGAGACUUCGAGGCAAUAAUAAAAGAUCAGUAUUAACCAGCUCUAACAGAGGUUUUAUCAUGCUUACUUGUACAGUUUUCCCCUCAUUUAAAAAAGGAAUGUAAUAAAAGUUGUUUUUAUCUGUAGAAUUAAGUAAUAUUAUUGGCAAAUAGACUAGCACCUCUACUCUGUGCACUGUCUCAUUCACCUCAGAGAAAGAUACAUGAGGAUUCGCUAAUCAUCAGGAGAUUCUAACUGCAUCUAAAACAAUUUGCACAAAGCUGUGGGGGCCUCACACAAGCGCCUCUGAUGCAUUAUUAACAGAAGAACAAUAUUUGGUACUUUUGCCUAAUGACCAUAUUUUGGAGGGUGCAUACUAUUUGGUUUAGAGGAAAUAAACAAAGAAUUGCUUAAUCAAGACAUCAUUCCUAUGUUCUUGUAGAGACCAUCUGAUUGUCACAUAUAAGGAUACAUUUUAUUUAAACAGUUAUAUUUUACAUAUAUAUAGGUUAGUGCAUUUAAAAAUAAAUAGAAACUUUUUAUUUAAUGAAAAACUAAUUUUGUGUCGGUGUGAUACAGGACCAAGAGAAAUGUAGUCAGCUGCUUUUUAACUUUUCUCGAAUUAGGCAACUAUAUAUUAGAAGAAAUAUUUGAAAUUAUUUUACUUACAGUUUUAUUCAGUUUAUCCAUCUUCUGUACAUUCACAUUAUAUUAAAACGUAGCUUAACCAACCUAUUUGCGGAUUUCACAGUAACACGUUAGAGUGAAAAGGCAGGAAUGGUCAUUUGAGACUUUCAAAACAUGGGUAUCUUCUUGAGUUCCUUCUAAAAUUAAAGAAUAAGAACAGAUCACUCAACGCACUUCAAAGAAACAGCGUUCAAUAUUUAAGUGGUAGUUGAAUUUUCGUAAUUGUUUAAUAACUUUUGUAUAAUGAUUACUUUUUGAGAGAAACAAUGUAUUUAUCAAAUGUGUAUAAUCAUCAUGCCAAAAUCUGAAUGCUGUAAAAUUUUUGUACAUUGUUAAAAUUGUAAUUCUGAAAAAUUGUAAUUCUAAAUUGUAUUUUUUAAAUCUUUCUGAUGUUGUUUUUAUGUCACCCAUGAUGAAAACUGGACUUUGAUAUCUAUACAUUUGAACUAUUCCAUUUAAAAUUUUUUUAAUAGUCUUUUUUCUUUUUUGGUGCCUAUCAUUGGUUAUUUCUGCUGGCUUU